AUGUUUGAAGAAUUGAAUGAAGCUGAGGAAUCUCCUACAAGUAGGAUAGCCCAAUUAACAUAUGAAAAUCGGAAUUUAAAAGAGAGGCUCAAAGUGUUAACAACAGAGAGCGACAAACGAUUAAAAGAAUUUGAAGAAUGUAGGAGAGAACUGGAAACGAAAGAGAAACAAAUACGACAUUUGUGGAGAAAAACAAACUGUUCUCACGUUGAAACUGUUCAUAUUUUCUUUAUUAUGUGCUUAUUAUUAUUUUAUUAUUAUUACCUAUAAUGCAUUUAAUGCAUAUAUAUAUAUAUAUAUAUUUCUAUAUUAUUUUCAUGUAGUGUCAGCUCGAAGAUAUUAGCUUGUUAGCUACUCUGAAAUUCGAGUAUAAAUAAAGUUUUAUGUUUUGUUAUGUUCUGAGGAAAAUAUGGAAUUACUGCAAGUUGAAAUGAGCCAUAAAGAAAAAGAAAACACAAGAUUAAAAGAAGAAAUAGAAGAACAAAAGAGGAGUCGCUUGGAGACAGAGAGAGAAUUGAACGAAGAAAUAACAGAGUUACAGGAGGAGCUAGCAAGACUACAUCAAAGAUUUAGAAAAGAGAUCGAAAAAAUGAUUGAAGAGUGGGAUCAAUAUGCAAUUGAGUUUAGAACUUUGCAACAAGAAACGAGGGAAAGAUUAGUGGAUCCACCAGAUCAAUUCCCAGCAAACCAGGAACAGGAACAGAACCAGGUACAGGAUCCGGCAAGGGCUCAAAGAAGAAGAGCAAGAACGAAAAAGUGCAAAGGAAGGAGUUGGAAUCCAAAAAAGUGGUGUAAAGGCUGCAUAAAGAAGAAAAAGUGCAUAAGAUAUCUGGACUCUGAUUGA